GAGCCUCCAUCCACAGCACUCCGAAUUAGACGAGGGAGACGUCGCAUUGGCGAUUCGCCUGUACUUCAGCCAGAGGCCAGCAUGUCUCUCCAGCUCUUCGCAGCCGCAUUGCUGGGCUUCGGCGCAGUGACGCCGGUGCUUGGCCGGGACGACUCGCAGGUUCCGCUGCCCAACUACGGCGCCUUCUGUCCCGAUUAUGCGCUCUACUCUACAUAUCCGCAUCGUCCCUUCAGCACUGGCCCGCUGGCCCUGCCUUACCAGCGGCCAAAUCCACAAUGCCGGACGUUCCAAUCGGACGAAAUCGAGAGAGUCAUUAAAGAAGUGACAUCUAGAAUCAAGGAUCCAGAUCUGGCACGCCUCUUCGAGAACACAUUCCCCUCUACGACGGAUACUACCGUGAAGUUCCACACCAAUGGCGAGAAGGAAACGGCCUUUGUCCGUCUUGAUGGCCGGCGGCAAGACGAUGGCGCAUGGGAGGGACCCCAGUCGUUUAUCAUCACAGGAGAUAUCAUUGCAGAGUGGCUGCGUGACUCGACAAACCAACUACGGCCCUACCAGGCCCUGGCCAAGAAGGAUCCCGCCAUCUUUAGCUUGAUCCUCGGUGCAAUCAACACGCAGUCCGAGUAUGUCAUUCAGUCGCCGUACUGCAAUGCGUUCCAGCCACCCCCCAUCAGCGAACUGUCCGUCUCCGCCAAUGGUCAGGACGAUUUGGUGCACCCGGCGUACGAGCCCAGUGUGGUGUUUGAGUGCAAAUACGAACUCGAUUCGCUGGCGCACUUUUUGGCGCUGGGAAAUGACUUUUACGACCACACCGGGUCGACUGACUUUGUGAACAGACGGUGGCUCCUUGCCGUUGAGACUCUGUUGGGGGUAUUGAAGCAGCAAUCGCAGUCGACAUUUGAUCCCGAAUCAAGCCAAUACGAAAGAAACACUUACACGUUCCAGCGAUGGACCAAUACUGGCACUGAGACGCUCAAUCUACAAGGCGUCGGAAACCCGCUGAAUAGCGAGACGGGCCUGGUUCGCUCAGCGUUCAGGCCAAGUGACGAUGCUACUAUCCUAGGCUUCUUCAUUCCGGCAAAUGCUAUGAUGUCUGUGGAGCUUGGUCGGGCUGCCAAGGUGCUGCAGGCCGCAGGCAAGAAGACACUAGCUAGAAAGCUAGCCAAGUGGAGCGAGCAGCUCCGCGCUGGAGUACUGGAGCAUGGUGUUAUCAAGCAUAAGAAAUAUGGCGACGUAUUCGCCUAUGAGGUUGACGGAUAUGGUUCUUCCAUCUUGAUGGACGAUGCCAAUUACCCUUCACUUCUUGCUCUUCCAGUGAUGGGAUUCUGCGAUGUAAAUGAUCCGAUAUAUCAAAACACAAGGAAGAUGCUGUUGGAAAAGAAGGGCAACCCAUACUAUUUGAAGGGCAAAUCUUUCCAAGGAAUUGGAGGUCCUCAUAUUGGCUUGGAAAAUGCAUGGCCCAUGAGCCUGCUGCUCCAAGCCCAGACUUCAAACGACGACAAGGAGAUCAAGGCAUGUAUCGAUUUGGUAUUGAAGGCAUCCCCUCGAGGUCUCAUUCACGAGAGCGUGGAUGUUAAUUACGUGAACCAGUACACGCGAAGCUGGUUUGCUUGGGCGAACGGCGUCUUUGCUGUGACGAUUUUGGACUUGGCGAAGCGGAAACCGCAUUUGGUGUUUGGGCCGGGAGCUGAGCCGUAUGAGAUUUAAGCAAUUUGAGCGAAAUGAGUAAAUACGAUUCUUUUA